UGAUUUUUAAUUAUUAUCCUGCGUUAUAAAAAAUGACUUUAUUGAGAAAUACUCGAGCUAAGAGUCUAAUUAAAAUAUUUAAUUGGGGGAAAUGGCGGUUAAUUAUGUUAUUUCUGUUCUGAAAAAUCCAGACACACAAUUCAAACCAGGGCACCCCUUCAGCGUAGGCUGUUGCCAUGUUCCCACUUUCAUGGGUGUGGUGAUUAGCUUGCUUGGAGAAAUUUUUGACAAAUCUGGCCACAGUGGCGCCAGCCCCAAAGCCUGGAAACCUCUCAAAUUCACUCAACACGACCUUCUUUGCGAUUUCCCCCGCCUCACAGCUGUGACUAUGGUCAUCUUGUGAAAGCGGACUGGCGUGACACGGACUAUAAGGACGCGCACGGCUCAGGGAGGAGGACAAAAAGGCUGUUUUUUCAGUAAAAAGGAACAAAGCAACAACAAUGGUGACCGUGGUACAGUGUCUGCUGGAACAAAUGGACCUAGAUGACCAGAUGAUACGUUUUAAUUAUGCUGAAAAAUCGAUCGAGAAGGCGGCGGAGUAGAUGGUGUCCGUUAGCAAGAGAGUGAGGAGUACCUGUCUGUCUGUGGGUGUGUGUACAAGAGCUUGUGCAUUCAGUCACGUGGAUUUUCCUCGCUCAGUCAGCGUUUGGUGUGGAGUGUGACCUGAACAAUGAGUGAGCUGGAACAGUUGCGGCAGGAGGCGGAUCAACUACGCAAUCAGAUCCGGGAUGCCAGAAAAGCCUGCAGUGACUCUACUUUGUCACAGAUCACAGCUGGUCUGGACUCAGUGGGCCGGAUACAGAUGCGGACAAGACGCACUCUCAGGGGCCACCUGGCCAAGAUCUAUGCAAUGCAUUGGGGGAGUGACUCCAGUGACGGCAGUCCCAGGCUUCUUGUCAGUGCCUCACAAGAUGGAAAGCUAAUCAUCUGGGACAGUUACACCACAAAUAAGAUGCAUGCCAUCCCUCUCCGCUCUUCCUGGGUGAUGACGUGCGCCUAUGCCCCCUCUGGGAACUAUGUGGCCUGUGGCGGCCUGGACAACAUCUGUUCCAUAUACAGCCUGAAGACCCGUGAGGGCAGUGUGCGUGUCACCCGGGAGCUGCCGGGACAUACAGGUUAUUUGUCCUGUUGUCGUUUCUUGGAUGACAACCAGAUACUGACCAGCUCUGGAGACACCACUUGCGCAUUAUGGGACAUAGAGACGGGCCAGCAGGCCACAACCUUCACUGGCCACACUGGGGAUGUGAUGAGCUUGUCGCUCAGUCCGGACUACAAGACCUUUGUUUCUGGAGCCUGUGAUGCCACCUCAAAGCUGUGGGACAUCCGUGAUGGCAUGUGCAGGCAGUCUUUCACUGGCCAUGUGUCCGACAUCAACGCUGUCACUUUUUUCCCCAAUGGAAAUGCCUUUGGCACAGGCUCAGACGACGCCACCUGCAGGCUGUUUGACCUGCGAGCUGACCAGGAGCUGAUGAUGUACAGCCACGACAACAUCAUUUGCGGCAUCACAUCCGUGGCUUUCUCCAAGAGCGGCCGUCUGCUGCUGGCCGGCUACGACGACUUCAACUGCAACGUCUGGGACACUCUGAAAGGCGAACGGGCAGGCGUGCUCGCGGGCCACGACAAUAGGGUGAGCUGCUUGGGUGUGACUGAGGAUGGCAUGGCCGUGGGCACCGGCUCCUGGGACAGUUUCCUGCGGAUCUGGAACUAAACUCCUCUGGGCUGUCCUCCAUCAGCGCCUGCCAACCCCACCCCCACCCUCCCAACAUAAACACACACACACUUCUCCCCCACCAACCCCCACACCUUUACCCCCCACUCAACGUAACAUGACUCAUGCAGGGCUGGUGUUGAAGGAGUGUACAGUGUCAGCCCUCUAAACAAUCUUUUUACUUUUUGAUUCCCCUACACAACAACCUGAAUGAAUACGUUCAAGCAGUCCAAUCAAAAACAGUUGAGGGAUAAAUUACAAAAAAACCCCGAAACAUCUUAUUCUAUAAUUAUGCGUGUCAUUUGUAAAUUUAUAUAUAAAAGACAGUAUAUAUGUAUAGCAUUAUGUGUGUGUUUAUAUACGUAUGCAUAAUAUAUGCAUAUAUAAUGUUGAUAUUUUUAACUUGUUUUUUUCUUAUUUUUUUUUUUUCUUAAUCAUUUUCGGGGUUUGUGUUUUUUUUCUGCUUACUCCCAUCAUGAUACGGCCAAGUGGCAAAAAACUCUCGGGCUGUGCUGCGGGACAGAAGUGCUCCACAGAGAACGUGAUAAUCUGCGUCUGUGGACAUGACGCGUGUCCCUGCAAACGUCCACUGAUGUUUAGAGGAAGAGGACCUGGUAUUCGUCAGCACGGGAAGGAGCUCACCACGCAUGUUUAGAGGGAGUCUGCGAUCUAGUCAAUGGAGCACUGAGGUGGAUCAUAAGUUAAGCAUCCAGACUCAAGGACAGCCUUUCCCAAACGUUGUCAAGACCCAAUUUAGACAUAUGUACUUUCAUGACAUGGACAUCCAGCAUACUAGGGGUGGGAAUCGUGAACAAACCAGUCGGAAAUUGAUGGAUUUAGUACCCUUUUGUACCCUUGGUUGAUGGUAGCAAAUACUGAGAUCACAUUAAGUGUCAAGAGUACUUCGGGCAAGCUAUAAUAUUAAUAUUUGACACUUCUGUAUCAAACUAGAGCUGCAGUAGUAUAAAAAUGUUAUAAUCCCAUAGUCUCAACUUUAUUUGCAGAGCACUUAAAAAAAAAAAAAAAAAAAAUCUAAAUAAAAUCAAAAUUGAACCUAAAAAGAUUAUAAACAAAACAAUAAAUUUACAAACAAAACAAAUGAGGGCAGCGCGUCUCAGUGACCAAAAUAAUCACGGUUGCGCAAAUAAGUGUUAACAAAAAAUGGCACAUACAUUCACCUAAAACACUUUUACGCUAUUUUCGAUAAUUACGAUAGAAUAUAAAGUGGUAAUACCAAUGUUUGAAAAUGUAUCAUAAUGGGUUAUCGAGAAAUGUGUACCUUUUUAAGACAAAACAUUUUAAAUAUUUGGUCCCACUGAUUAAAAUAAACUGCACAAUAAUUUAUAAUAACGUAUCAUAGCAUUGAGAGAAUUCACUGGACCAAAACCCAACCAAAAAAGAAAUCGUGCUGCUUGGAGCAUUCUCCUAACAAUCCCGAGUCAAUCAAAAUGGAACCAUGGGCCAUUUGGGGCUCGGGUUUACGAAAGCCUCCUCCAGGAGAUGGUGAUUUUUCAACUCAAGUUUUUACAAAUCAGCGCACGAGACAAGUUAUCCUAGUACAAGGCCCUGUGUGUGUGUGUGUGUGUGUGUGUGUGUGUGUGUGUGUGUGUGUGUGUGUGUGUGUGUGUGUGUGUGUGUGUGUGUGGAAAGCUUUGACUGUGGAGCCUCUGGAGUACACAGAGUGGUGUGGACCAUCAUCACCAAGGACUACAGCGACUAGUCAGCAGUCAUCUUUUUGACUUUUACAAAGAAAACAAAUGAAGGAACAACAAGUCCUGGUUGUGAACAGCGCAGACCUGAAGUCAUGUGCCACAAAAAAAAAAUCUUUGAACACUUUCAGUGCUUUGUUUAGUUUCUUCACCAAAAAAAAACUUUGUGAACUGUUAAUACUACAAGUGGACAACAUGUAGAAGAGAAACGCGAGGAAUGCGCUCACAAACUGCAGUUCAACAACUGAGCACAUGUGACUUCACUUCCAACAGAGGUGGGGAACCUAUCUAAAGAUAAAACAGAGGAACUAUAAUUAAAAAAAAAAAAAAAAAAAAACAUUGAACCCACCCACAAAUGCUAAAAAUAACCGUAAUGCCAUAAAAAAAAAAUUCAGAAUGUUGGACUCUGUAUAAUAGGCAAGAGGUUCCCCACCCCUGAUUUACACACAAUGUUCCCCCUUUUUUUGCUUCCACUGUGGCUCUCCUAAAGCAGAGCUUCUCAACUGGUCUCCCCUGUAACCCCAGUUUUUACAUGGCCAUUAAGUUGCUACCCACUUUUAUACUUAUCAAACCCAGCAUAUAUAUACAUCCAUUUCCCCCAAGGCAUAUACCUGUAUUUGGUAUCUCACGGCACACCACCAAACAAAAAAUGUCACCGAAGGUGUACUGUUUCAGGGGUGUCAAACUCCUUUUUGUCGUGGGCCACACAGUAGUUAUGGUUCCUCUUAGAGGGCCAUUAUGAUUGUGAAACCAAAUUCAGUAUAAGUGUAAUGACCUCAUAUUACAUAAUUUUUAAAAAAUUAAUAACUAGUUUUGAAAUAUGAAGUUAAAGGAAACAAUUUGUUCAACUAUUAAUUGUAAAAAAAAAAAAAAAAAAAAAAAUGAUUUGGUCACAAAAAAUGUUUGUAAUCUCAGCAUUAUUAAUUGUGAAACACAUUUUAGCAAGAAACAUGAAGUAGAUCCACAUGAAUUGCUUUCAUGGGCCACAAAAAAUGAGGUGGCGGGCUGCAUCUGGGUCCCGGGACUUGACUUCGACACCUAUGCUGUAUAUACACUGAAAUAAUCAUGAUCUUGUCUCAAUUUCCUCACAAAUGCUCAAGAGUGAAAUUCGGUCCUGUUGAGUUGACCACAAAGCUGUUUUUCUGUAGUAUGAAUGACAACCUGGUGGAUACACAGGUUAAUUGUACCUUCUGCCAUCUAGUGGAAGAGCAUUUUAUUGUUCUAUCCGUCAUAGGCAGCCACAUAUAUAGACAGACACAAUAUUUGUAGUGAAUAAAUAAUUUUUAAACCAAUAAAGUGAAAUUGGAUAAUGUGCAACAACCAACCUGAUGAUCUCUCAUGGCACACUAAUGUAAAUAACUGCAUGUUAAAAGCGCAUUUCAGAGCAGAUUCUUAAAGAUCUAAGGACCAAACUAAAACGAAAUAUCAAAAUUGCAGAAAAUAAGGCCACAAUUAAAAAAUAUCAAAACUGCUCACAUUACAUUAACCCACACUUGACUAUGCAUCACACACUGGGGAUUGUGUCCACUAUUUAAAAAUUGCUAAUGUACAAAAAUCGACAUUUAAAAUAUCAAUUCUUGCUUCCAACACCAGAGCGCAGUCAAAUUUGACACACUUGAUGCACAUGUGACAUCAAUAGCUGUAUCAUAAUUUAGUUUUUAAAUCACUCCACCAGUUGAGAAGCACUGCGCUUUUAAAAAUAAAUAAAAAUAAAGUUUAACAUUAAGUUGUUGGACCUAUCAUGUGUCAUCUCAGGUGCCUGUGUCCAAACAUCGGACGCUUUCAGCCUUGCAUCCGCCUCCAUCACCACAAAGCAAAGCCUUGACUAAGAAAGGCUCGUACUUUUCCACUGGCCCAUUUGAAGCACACGGUUACCCUCGUGAACACGAACGCGCACCUAUAGUCAGCAAACACGAGCCUGUGCAGAAUCAUUCAACUUCUUAAACUUUAUACUUUGUGACAAUUCAUUAUGGUUCAUUCCAUGAACAUACCAGGACUUUAUAGCGACCUUUGUGUUUCUUUGCCUAAUAAUGCAGUGGUUCUCAAAUGUGUGUGUGUGUGUGUGUCUGUGUAUACACACAGACACACACACACACAAGUAGCAUCUAAAAAAAAAAAAUACUUUGCUAGUACCACCAUCAUGACCAGCAUUAAAACACAGUAGCGUAGUUGGCCCAAGUGUUAAUCAAAAUUGAGGCACAGGUUUUGUUCCAAAAGGCAUUUAAUAUUGUAAGUCACUGUAACAUGAUGCAAUUUCAACAUUAACACUGCUUAAAUAUAGCAAAAUAAAAAAAUACUGUACUGAUCCAGUUAAAAUGCAUUGCACAUAAGUUGUACCUAAAUGUUGAAAAAAAAAAAAAAAAAGAUUAUAAGCAAAUAUAUUGAGCUUAAAAGUUAAAUACAACCGAGCUCUAAUCAGGCAGUGAUUAUUUUUGUUCCAGUAGAGCGAGCCUCUUUACUACUGCCGCACUUUGAGGAUCGCUGCAUGAAUGUGUUUAUUUGAACAGAAUGAUAACCAAAUAGUUAUCUUGGGAAUCUCUGAGGUGUGUAGGAUGUGAUAUGUGUAUGUGUGAGCACGCCUAACUUUUAGACUGACUCAUUUGUGCCAAUGUCAUUCAUGGACCCUGAGCUGUGGUAUUUGCUACAGAAUGCUAACAUGCAACGGUGUAAAGCAGUGUUUCCCAGCUUUUAUUGAGCCAAUUCACAUAUUUUACAUUAGAAAAACUCAAAAAUGUUACCUUCACUUCACCUUCUGCCAUUUAGUGGAAGAGUAGUUAAUUAUUCUGCCUGUCACUAUACAUCCCUGACAGACAGUUAACAAACAUAAAUUUGUUUAAAAAAAAAAAAAAAAAACUUCACGCAGCUCACUGGUUGGGAAUCAUUGCUUUAAAAUUUCUUUUUGUGAAAACAGUCUGUACCGCUGUUAGCUUGUAGCCAGUUAGCCUAGCUUAGCACAAAACAGCCUUUCACCCCAGCGCCUCUAACAUAAACAAAUGAAUGUCUUACGGUGAAACCUCCAAAGUCGCUGAAGUUGUUACCAUUUCUUUUAUAAUAAAACUAAAAGCAAAACGAGUAACCUUUUGAAUACGUAGCCAAGAUGGAACAGGAAGAGCUGCUUCAUGCUAAUCAUUGGCAUCUGCGCUGCUAAAUAUUGUAGUCAGACCCUUUCUGACCUCACAAUCCGGUCAAUUUGAUGCUUUAUAGUGAUCAUAUUUACCCUCUGUGGUGGAACUUUGUGUCUGUUAGACUUUGGAGAUAAAUUGUUUAAUUUGGUUUUAAUGAGUGACAACUAGUUUACUAGCACUGCUUGCUCGCUAAGCUAACCAGCUCAUUUAUAGCCACGUCAACAACACCAAAACAAUAUUCGGCGCAUAAAAUGUUUCCCAAUUGACUUCCUUCACGGCUUUACUUUCGCUUCACCUUUGUCUGGAAUGAAAUUUGACCUUCUGAGCAGCGCACUAAGUGUAAAUGGGCUCAUUUAUGUUGCCAGUGAUUAUUCAGCAAGCCGACGACCAUCAGAGUACACAGCUGUUCAACAACAAAAGGUGCUUAGUUUGAUUUAAUUGAACACUUUUUUAUGUUCUCAAUGUUACAGUACAGAUUUAGAUUAUGGAGCUGUCAAAACCGCUUGUUUGGGGCGCAGGUACCACAGCCUAAAUAACAAUACUGUAGUUUUCAAUGUGGACACGUCUCAACCUCAGUGCCAACAUAAAGUAUAACUUUCGAGUUAUUCUACAUGACAAAAACAUGGAGUGCCAUUACCCACAAACCCCCACGGCCACCGCACUAUCACAAAUAAUGCACUGCCUUUUUGACUCUACGUUGCUUUAUCUCCUAUUUAUUGGUUCAUGUUGUAAGCCAGUAAUGACCAGGGACUUGGUGCCAUGAUAAUUCUCCUACUGUGCUAGUAUGUGAAAUAAUCACUUAUGGGAUAAUUUUUAUAGUCUUUUUCACACCAGAUCUUUUUUUGUUUUGUUUUUUGUAUUUGUACAGUGGCUUGGUGAUACUGAUAUGUUGCCAUGAGUUAUUGUAAUCAAUAAAAUAAAAAGACUUUUGACAAAAGAA